AGCACAGGCACCUAUGAAACUACCAAUACUUCCACCCAAACUUGCAUUUCCACCCCGCAACCGCCAUGAACGUACGUACCCAACACACAGAACUAUCUCUUGCGUACACUAACAAGCCUCGCAGAUCGUUGAAUGGGCUUUUGGAAAGCGCAUGACGCCAGCAGAGCGUCUGCGCAAACACCAGCGAUCACUGGAGAAGACGCAGCGGGAGUUGGAUCGCGAGCGCGUCAAGCUCGAGAACCAGGAAAAGAAAUUGAUUCAGGAUAUCAAGAAGAGCGCGAAGAAUGGCCAGAUGGGAGCCUGCAAGAUCCAGGCCAAGGAUCUGGUCAGAACGCGGAGAUAUAUUGAGAAGUUCUAUUCCAUGAGGACUCAAUUACAGGCCAUUUCGUUGCGCAUACAGGUUAGUUUGCCCUCGAUGGUUGCGUUAUGCGGGAACAUUGGGACCGCAGACUAACAACUGUAUCGAUCAGACGGUUAGAACGAAUGAGCAGAUGAUGCAGGCCAUGAAGGGCGCAACUGGAGUGUUGGGAAGCAUGAACCGCAACAUGAACCUUCCUGCCUUGCAGAGGAUAGCGAUGGAAUUCGAAAAGGAGAAUGACAUUAUGGACCAAAGACAAGAGAUGAUGGACGAUGCCAUUGACGAUGUUACUGGGCUGGAGGACGAGGAAGAGGGUGAUGAGAUUGUAGACCAGGUGCUGGAGGAAAUCGGGGUUGACUUGAAGAAUGCUGUAAGUUGGAGGCUACAUUGCUGGUCCACCACCGCACUAAUUUAUCUUGUAGAUGGGCGAAACCCCACAAGGACUUCAAAGCACCACUGUACCCGAGGGACGAGUGGCACAAGCUAUUGGAGGACCCAGUGGUGGGGGUGGAGAUCCUGGCGAUAACGACCUCCAAGCUAGACUUGAUAGUCUCCGGAGAUGAGAAUUCCUUUUGUGACAUACAGUUUGACUUACAGUUCUGGCGGCGUUCACCUCGAUACAGAGAAGCGGAGUUAUGGCGAUUUGAUGCGAAUGUUAUUUUGGGGUUUCCACGGCCUUAUGUGGCAUAAUGAAUUAUCAUGUGCAGGUGCUUUUUGGGUUGCCAUUUCCUUGUGCAUCGUAUCUGCGUCUGCGUAG